GUGACACCACGUCACGGCAAGAUUUGAUCGCGCAUGCGCAUUCGUGUAGCCGUCAGCUCCGUAUCUAGUCGCCAACCUCGCUCUAGUUUAGCAAUGGCUGGAGGAGCAGCGAGGAAAAAAACUCCCGGCCCGGCGUCUCCUCUGCGGACGACGCUUCACGCCCUGUGGCAGGAAAAGCAUUUAGUCCUCUUCAAGACCGAGUACACUUUUUUAGUGGUGUCCGUCCUGUGGCUCUUAGAAAUCGGGAUCAAUGUGUGGGUCAUUCAGAAAGUGGCGUACACCGAGAUUGACUGGAAGGCUUACAUGGAUGAAGUGGAGGGGGUCAUCAACGGGACCUAUGACUACACCCAUCUUAAAGGAGACACUGGCCCCUUGGUGUAUCCGGCCGGUUUUGUGUACAUCUUCACUGCUCUGUACUACAUCACAAGCGGUGGGACGAACAUACGUCUGGGUCAAUACAUUUUCGCUGUGUUCUACCUCAUCACAUUGCUUCUGGUCUUCAGAAUAUACUGCCGCACUAAGAAGGUUCCUCCAUACGUGUUCUUCUUCAUGUGCUGUGCCUCUUACCGGAUUCACUCCAUCUUCGUGCUGCGUUUGUUCAAUGAUCCAGUGGCCAUGAUGCUGCUUUUUGCGGCUGUAAACCUUUUUAUGGACGGACACUGGUCUCUGGGCUGUGGCAUUUACAGUUUAGCAGUAUCUGUGAAAAUGAACGUGCUCCUAUUUGCACCAGGACUACUUUUCCUACUGCUAUCUGAGUUUGGUUUGACCGGGACAAUCCCCAAACUUGGUCUGUGCGCAAUCGUACAGCUCUUGUUGGGUCUGCCUUUCCUUGCGGUGAAUCCCGUCGGCUACAUGAGUCGGGCUUUCGACCUGGGGCGUCAGUUUAUGUUUAAGUGGACCGUUAACUGGCGCUUCCUGCCCGAGUGGCUCUUUCUGAACCGCUACUUCCACUUGCUCCUGCUGGCAGCUCAUCUGCUUAGCCUGGUGCUUUUUGGCCUCCGCCGCUGGAAAAGGUCUGGAGAAAGCCCACUGGAACUCUUAAACGAGCCUGGCAAAAGGAAAUUCCCAGCUCAGAAAAAAAACAUCAACCAGAUGGUGCUGAUCCUGUUCACGUCCAACUUCAUAGGCAUGUGCUUCAGUCGGUCGUUGCAUUACCAGUUCUACGUGUGGUACUUCCACACGUUGCCCUAUCUGCUGUGGAGCGGAGGAGUUAAAAAGAUGGCCCAUCUGCUCAGAGUCCUCAUCCUGGGUCUUGUGGAGCUCUCCUGGAACACGUACCCCUCGACGUGCAGCAGUUCCGUAGCCCUCCACGUGUGUCACCUCAUCAUUUUGCUUUGUCUGUGGCUGGCACCCUCAGCCCCAGCUGCCACGCAGGCAAAAGGACCUGUUAAGGAGAAAUGCCGAUGAGGCGCAAAACAAUUGGAGGUGUUAUGCGUCAACGCGUCCUCGCUCUGAGGCUCAUGACUCCCGCGCAAGAAUGGCCAUGGGGGUAGACUGCUGUUUUGUUUUGGUUUGUUUUUUGAAGGAACCUUUGUUUACCCCUUAGCUUUGUGCUGAAAGCUAACGCAGGGGCGUGUGCUGGGACAACUACACGCUGCCACAUCGUGUAGAUGUUCUUUGGAAGUAUGAAGAGAUGGCAAAUAUGGAUUCUCAGGUUUCAUUCAUAGACUUAUGAUAAAAAACAAAAGUGUUGUUUUCAAUUUGUCACAAAGGUUUAGCGCCAUUACGAUAUCAUGUAAACUCAUUCGUAAUUAAUAAUCACAAAAAAAAAAAAAAUGAAUGGCCAGGAGAAGAACUCUGCAGUAUGACAUAAAAGAACAUGUAAUACUGUGUAAACUCAUAUUUGCCACAUGGCAUGAGUCAGCUAUCACGGAUACGUUCACUUAAAUGUUGCAAUAAUAUCUCAAUCGUGCAAUUACAAUGACACAAUGAACCAAAAAUGCUUCAAAAUGAGUAAAAAAAAUGUGUCGGUUUGAGUGUGUCAUUCUCAUUUCAGUAUCAGUGCAAUGUCCUUUUCUGUUUUCAAAAAAAUGUGAUUGUACAUGAAUCAGUUGGCGGUAUGGCU